AUGCGCGGCCUUCGGCUUCCGGCCUGGGUUCCUGGCGCCAGCCCUCGGUCAGUCUUGAGACCGCAAAGUGCUGUGCUGGGAGAACUGUUUUCCCAAUCAGGCCAACGUUCUGUACUAUCAUGUACCUUCAAUUCUGCUAAAAGGCCAUUUUCAACAUCAUUCCGACCUCUUCGCGACUCACGUGGCAGUCUUUUCCGGUUGACCGAGGUUCCCCUGUUAAUUCACCAAAAUGGUUUUCAAUAUACCCCCUCUACGUCUCGCAUUGUUUCGCAAACUCGAUCUAUCUCCUAUACCUCUUGUCGCCUUCAAGAGAAACCGGCAGCUCCGUCUAAUACCACCGGUUCCAACAAACGCUCCACACCGGAAAAGAAAGAGGAGGAUGACGAGGAGAAAGGAUUCGAAUUGUCGGAGCGAGCUGCACAAGCCGCGCAGGUUAAUUUGAGUGCUCGUCUUGCUAAGGAGGGCGCUUCAGGCAAAAAAUCCGGGUUUGCCGAAAUUUGGCGAUUGCUGAAGGUUGCACAGCCUGAAUCCAAGAAGCUCUCUAUUGCGUUCUUCUUUCUGCUCAUUUCUUCUGGUAUUACUAUGUCAAUUCCCCUGUCAAUUGGAAAAAUUAUGGAUACGGCUACAAAGAGUGUCACGGAAGGUGGCGGUGAACUGUUUGGGAUGAGUCUUCCGAUGUUCUACAGCGCCUUAGCCGGUGUACUAGUCAUUGGUGCGGCCGCCAAUUACGGCCGUAUUAUCAUCCUUCGUAUUGUCGGAGAGCGCAUCGUUGCCAGACUACGUUCCAAGCUUUUCCGACAGACUUUCAUCCAGGAUGCCGAGUUUUUCGACGCAAAUCGUGUGGGUGAUCUGAUCUCUCGACUUGGCUCUGACACCAUUAUCGUAGGUAAGAGUAUCACGCAAAACUUGUCAGAUGGAUUAAGAGCUGCCGUCAGCGGUGCGGCCGGAUUCAGUCUCAUGGCCUAUACCAGCCUUAAGCUAUCAAGCAUAUUGUUUUUGCUGCUGCCGCCAAUCGGCCUGGGUGCCCUGUUCUAUGGUCGGGCUAUCAGAAACAUCAGUCGUCAGAUGCAGAAGAAUCUUGGAACUUUAACCAAGAUUGCUGAAGAACGUCUGGGCAAUGUUAAGACUAGUCAAUCUUUUGCAGGCGAGAUCUCUGAGGUUAAUCGGUAUAACCAACAAGUUCGCAAAAUCUUCAACACUGGCAAGAGGGAAUCUCUAAUCAGUGCAGCAUUCUUCAGUUCGACUGGACUUAUGGGUAAUUUGACGGUGUUGAGUCUUCUCUAUGUUGGAGGAGGCAUGGUCCAAUCAGGGGCCAUCAGUAUUGGGGAGUUGACUUCAUUCUUGAUGUACACUGCGUAUGCUGGUUCAAGUAUGAUUGGUCUUUCUAGUUUCUACUCCGAACUCAUGAAAGGUGUGGGUGCUGCUAGUCGUCUUUUUGAACUGCAAGAUCGGCACCCAACAAUACACCCCACCAAAGGCCUCCAUGUAGAGUCCGCCCGCGGGCCUAUUCACUUCGAUAAUGUGACCUUCAGCUAUCCGACUCGCCCAGCAGUGAAAAUCUUCAACAAACUGGAUUUCAUAAUUCCCCAAGGGACCAAUGUUGCCAUCGUCGGACCUUCUGGUGGUGGAAAAUCAACAAUCGCGUCUCUACUACUUCGAUUUUACAGCCCUACUGAUGGUACAGUUUACAUCAAUGGCAAGGAUAUCAGUGAAAUGAAUGCCAAAUCCCUACGAAGGAAGAUUGGCGUCGUUUCUCAGGAACCAGUACUCUUUUCUGGUACUAUUGCCGAUAACAUCUCAUAUGGUCUUCCCGAUGCCACGCGAUCUGAGAUUAUCAGCGCCGCUCGCAAAGCCAACUGCCAAUUCAUCAGCGACUUCCCCGAUGGUCUUGACACCCACGUUGGAGCUCGCGGUGCACAGUUAUCCGGUGGACAGAAACAGCGUAUUGCCAUCGCAAGAGCGCUUAUCAAAGAGCCUGAUAUUCUGAUUCUUGACGAGGCCACAUCAGCACUUGACGCUGAAUCUGAGACCCUGGUCAACAGUGCCCUGGCCGCUUUGCUACGCGGAAACAAUACCACGAUCAGCAUUGCCCAUCGUUUAUCUACAAUCAAGCGCUCUGAUACAAUCAUCGUUCUCGGCCCCAAUGGAACGGUUGCUGAACAAGGCUCUUAUGAGGAUCUCAGCUCCCGUCCGGAUGGAGCUUUCACUAAGCUCAUGGAAUGGCAAAUGAGCGGUGGAGAGGUUACCUCGCCCCCAAAACGAGCAACAGAGCCAGAAGAGCUAUGGGAACUCCAGACGGAAACGGAACCGGAGCUUGUGGAGGAAGAGGAGGCUGUUGAACAGUCUCUUAACAAAAAGGAAUAA